CCGGCCUGGGCGGCUGCUGCCGCAGCCCGGUCGGGGCUGGCUCCUGCGGCGGGGUUCCACCAUGUGCUCCUCGUAGUUUAGGAUGCACCAAUCACAGCUCAGCCCCAGGAUGCUAGUAUAGUGCUGGGCUGCUGAUGCGCAGAGCACCUACUGUGGGAUAUCGCUCCAGCAGGGCCAUCCUGGGGCUGCCCUCCAUCUUUCCCAGCAGAGCCAAUGGACGCCCACGCGGAUCUCCUGACAGAACUCCAGCUGCUGGAUAAGGUACCCACGUUGGAGCGGCUGCGGACAGCUCAGAAGCGCAGGGCUCAGCAGCUGAAGAAGUGGGCGCAGUACGAGAAGGAGAUGCAGCACAAGAAGCGGAAGCAUGAGAAGAGGAGGAGCGCUGUGAGCCACAAGAAGGUGUCUUUUGAGGCCAGUGUUGCUUUGCUGGAGGCAUCGCUGAGGAAUGAUGUGGAGGAAGUGUGUUACUUACUGAAGAACAAUAUCAGCCCGGACCUGUGCAAUGAAGAUGGACUCACUGCACUGCAUCAGUGCUGCAUAGACAACUUCGAAGAGAUAGUCAAGCUUCUCCUCAACCAUGGGGCUAAUGUCAAUGCAAAGGACAAUGAGCUAUGGACUCCACUGCAUGCAGCAGCUACCUGUGGUCACAUCAACCUGGUGAAGAUUCUAAUUCAGCAUGGGGCAGACUUGCUGGCAGUAAAUGCAGAUGGAAACAUGCCAUAUGAUCUCUGUGAAGAUGAGCAGACCCUUGAUGUCAUUGAGACCUGCAUGGCAUACCAGGGCAUCACACAGGAAAAAAUCAAUGAGAUGCGGGCUGCUCCAGAGCAGGCCAUGAUCACUGACAUUCGAGGUCUAAUUGCAGCAGGACAAGACCUGAACAGGACAGAUAUUCAAGGUGCUACAUUGCUGCACAUAGCUGGGGCUAAUGGCUACCUGCAUGCAGCUGAGAUGCUUCUAGACCAUGGAGCACGGCUAGACAUCCAGGACUGGGAUGGCUGGGAACCUCUCCAUGCUGCUGCCUUCUGGGGACAGAUGCAAAUGGCAGAGCUGCUGGUAUCCCAUGGGGCCAGCCUGAGUGCCAGGACAGCCUUUGACGAGAUGCCAAUAGACUUGUGUGAAGAAGAGGAGUUCAAAGUGUUACUGCUGGAGCUGAAACAUAAGCAUGAUGUGAUCAUGAAAUCCCAGAUGAGGCACAAGUCCUCCCUCAGCAGGAGGACCUCCAGCACGGGAAGCCGAGGGAAGGUGGUGAGGAGGGCGAGUCUUUCGGACCGGACCAACCUUUACAGGAAGGAGUAUGAGAAGGAGGCCAUUGUCUGGCAGCAAAUGGGAGCAACGGAAGAACAGAGAAACUCAAGCUAUGCUGGAGAAAUCAUGGAGGCUCGAUCUGACCAAGAGAACACAGAUCCAAAUUCAGUGCUGGAGAAGUCUAUGCUCCUUCCUGAGUUAGCUACCAAAAGCACACAGAGUGACCCUGAAUCCUCCCUCCAGAAUGGACUCAGGGCAUCAGCCAGCACUUACCAGUACUCGGUUUCCAACGGGGACGUCUGGAAAAUGCACACAGCUCCAGACUGUAAUACAAGUCAAGCCCUGCCCUACAGCAGCCCCGGUGACCCCGACUCUCAGCAAAUCUGGGGUGGCUACAAGGAUCGCAGCCAUCAAACACUUUCUGAACUGAAGCGGCAGCGGGCUGCAGCUAAGCUGCUUAACCACCCCUUUCUCAGCACCCACUUUGGCACUAGUGUGAGUGGGGUAGUUGAGAAUGGGGGCGAGGCCAAGGAGCACCUGAUUGAUUCCAGGACUUCUCCCUACAGUUCCAAUGGGACAUCCGUUUAUUACACAGCAUCCAGUGGCGAUCCCCCUCUCUUGAAAUUCAAAGCUCCCAUGGAUGAAAUGGAGGAGAAAGUGCACGGGUGCUGCAGGAUUUCCUAGUGUCAUCCAUGUCUCACCUCAGAGGAGACUAAAAGUGGAUGGCCAGGUUAGCUUUAUUACUGAGGAUGGGCUGUUUCCAUCCCCACAUGGAGGGAACUCAGUUUAGUUACAUAGGACUUGAUGGGGCCGGCCUCAUUCAUCUUGAAUAGUACCUUACCCUGCCAGUAACCCCACUGCAAUCAAAUGAGCAAGGCUGGCAGAGUGAGGCCCAUAGUGGAGAAAUGAAGUACACAUCCUUGCGUGCAGUAAAAAAAAAGCUACCCUACUCUUCCUCAUGGCAGUGUUAUGAAAGAGACAGUGGGGGGCUCUCCACUGUAAAUCAUGCAGGGUCUUUGAAAGACAAAACCAUCUGAAUUAGAGUCCUCCCUUUCUGUGCCUCGUGCUGGGAGCCACCCAGCUUCUGGAAUGAGACAUGCGGGGCCUGCCUUUCACUCAUGGAUGUGAUAGGUGUCUCCCUUGAGAAUGUGUGGCCAGCCCUCUGCACUUGUGCAAACAGCCCAGGAGUUGCAAGUGCAGACUUUGUGAGUCUUUAGUAUGUUUCAUUUGCUUACACAGGUGAAGCUGGGCAUAUCCCCAGUGCAUGUACUUCGGGAAGUUGUGUGAUGCGUGCAUUGUGUGAUGCCUGACAGCCCACUGUCAAAAGUGGCAAACUAGUUUGUGGCCUACUCUAAUUGAAAGCAGGGGCUUUGCAGUGCCAUCAGGUUUGAAGCAGAACUCCUGAUGGAAAUCCAAUAGAAUAAACUCUGGCAAUAAAAUGCUGACUGAAAGGGUCAAUAAUGGGAUAGAAACAAAUUACUUGCAUUACUAAGACCCUUAGAUUAGUGAAAUCCAUUCAGUUUUAACAAUCUCACCUUCCCUGUUGGUGCUGCGUUUUACACUCUAUGCUUCACUCAGCUUAAAAACUAGAAUGGUCUCUGUAGCUUUCUGUCUCUCCUGCACUGUGAGAGUGCUAUUGUAUUUGGGUUUCCAGAACCGUAGGGCUCUGUUUAAAUUAGGAAGGAAGGGGAAAGAAAUACCUGCUUCCAGUAAAAAUGGCAUGGAAACAUUUCCAGCCACACUAGGUUUUGACACUCUUGUGUGUGAACCUGUGUUCUUGGGGCUAAGCUGCUCGAGCAUCUAAAUCUGUAAAUGCUAAGUUGUUGCUUUUGGUUGUAGAGCAUCACAGUAGGAUGGAAACUUUUUAACAUUUUUUCCCAGCAUUCCAGUGUUUUUUUUCAGACCCUGUGCUGGGGUCACCAGCAGCAGUAUGGUAGCUGCCAGCAAAAGGCUCAGAAAUAGUUAUCUUGUAUGAGAGAGAAAGUGGCUUCUAUCACUGAGCAAAAGCCAGCAUGCAGCAGUGAAGUUUGGAGUGGUCUAGUGCAGCGCUGUUGGAUAGGAAGCCAGCACCAGUGUUUCAGGGUAGCAUGUGUUAACUGUGUGCCAGGCUGCAUUUGUGGAAUCUGUGGCUUGGUGUAACAAGGAGUGUGCUAUUGGCAGGCCAGUUUCUGCAGUUGCCCUUCAGGGAGCAGAACCCUCACCUGAAAGGUGCUGUCCCCUUGCUGCUACCAAUCAGCAGAGCAUCAGCUAUAGGGAAGUGGACAUGAGAGUUCAGAAUAAACAGGCAAAAUAUUUAAAAAAUGUUUUAAGUUGCAUCUGGAAAUAUUUGUCUGCACAAAGGGGCCAUUGCACAGUCUGUGUCUGUGAAUUUUGUGUUGUAGAUGCAGCUUAGGCCCCAGUCUUAAAAAACACAGUGUUGUUUGGGUUCCUGAUGCCGCUCUGAGCCAUCACUGGAUAGAAUCCUGCUCACAGCUCUGUAUCUAUGCUCCAGCUAAGCAUCUGCUGUAGACCACACAACUUCCAUGCAUAUUUCUCUCUUUCCAGCUGCUAUUUGAGAGCGAUACUGUAUUCCCUUCUGGUAAGGGACUUUUAAUGUACCUUUCUCUUCUGACUCCCCCCACACCCAUCCUUUCAACUGUUUAUGGCUUGGAAAACAGGAGACGCUGGCCUAAAGAUGAGGCAGCGUGUUAGUGAAGCCGUCCCACAACUAGAAACAUUGUUCCAUCUCUACAAGGGAGACUAGUAGUGUGAUAGUGAGACGUGUGGUGUUAUAAUGAACAGGGGCUUUUUGACAGUGAUGGGACCCAGAGUUGCACUAUCGUUAUAUGGGGGAAAGGAAACAAGAGCUGAAGAGCUAAAAGCCACAUGUCAGGUUGUCUGGAGGCGCCCCCUGCCCAUCCUUGCUUUGUUUACUUCAGAGUUGAAUUUGAUGUAGCACUUUUUUGAAUGGAGCCAGUGUCUGCAGUGCCAUAUCCAGUGGCACUGGGAUUUGGGCCCAUCUCGCCCUCUGCUAGAGAAGGCAGGACAUUGCACAUUAUAGUAUCUGCCCCCCAGGCAGGGGAGAUGAGCCUCUGUUACCACAAGGAAGGUACCAGGGUGUAUUGGCAGGUCUUAGGGCUUCCUGUCAGGCUGAUGAAUUUUGGCAUAGGGAUAGAAAGUCAGGUCAGAUUUCAGAAAGUCUGUUACAGCGAAGGCAUCUUUUCCUAAUGUAUUUAAUAAUGUACCUAGUCACUCCUCCCCGUUAUCCCAGGGAUCCUGCCUGACACUCCUGCCCCAUUUUCAAGGGGCCAACCUGUUAUUCCUGUUCCAUUUCCUGAUGCCCUGCCUGCCUUGGAACUCUACUGCUGCAUUGUUUGAACUUGUAUGAUUAAAAACAAACAAACCAACCACCCUCUAAGGUUAUUGGGACAUCAGGGAGCUUAGCUCCUAUUCUCCCAACUUAAAGAAGUUGAGCAGAUAAUUGAAGAGUCCUAUGCAGUAGAGGUGACUGUGUUGGAGGGUGUAUGUAGGUCUGGUGGUGUCAUAUGAUUACCCAGAGUUCCAGGGAGUGGAACAUCCAAGAAAACUUGAUGUGGUCUUAGCAAGUGUAGCUUCGAUAUCAUGGAAUGAAGGCAUUCCCCUUUUACCAGCUCUUGAAUGUCCUUUUCCCAUUUACCUGGGAGAAAGACAUCACUCCCCUCACCACCACUGGAAUGAGAAUUGCUGGAGCAGAAUUAGCCUGGUGUUGCUGCACAUCAUUUGCAGCCUGUGCUAAACUUUGAACAGUUGUUAUCUAUAUUCCCAGUGAUAGAUGAUAUCAGGUCAUGGCCUGUUCCUUCUCACUCACACCAGCCGUAAAUCAGAAGUGACUCCAAUUAAGUCAGAUUACAACGGUGAAAGUGAGAGGAGUAUUGGGCUUUACAUCUCAUUCCAGCAAAUAGAAAGCAGACACUUGAAUGCAAUGGAAUUAUAUAGUUUGGGGCUUGCUUUCAUUGACAGUGGUUACUACACUAAAGCAAUGUGAACCCAGCGUAAUUUAGACAAAUAGCUCUGAUGCAUCAAUAUGACAUCGCUGAUUAACGUAAUCUCCAGAAUUUCGUUAUUCCAGCUCAUGUUGUGAUGUCUAACUAAGCAACAAUGGCUUUACUAUCCGGGGGUGUGGAAGAGAAGAGAUGCUACAUGCUCUAGGUUGCACAAAUAUUCCCUUAAUUGGACUGCUGUGACAUUGUAACCAUAAAAUUGGCCUUAGAGCUGCUUAAUUUGCCUGUUAUGGCUCUGAGGCUGUAAAUAUGACCUUGGUGAUAACUUGUAAUUUAUCUCCAAUUUAUCUCAGAACUGAGAAGAGACAGAAACUAGUGAAUGCAUCAGGAGCUGCACCAGGGCAGUGAUGAGCUUUAUCUACCAUUGGUGCAUGUAGGGAUUUGGGAAUGGGAUAGUCAAUCUAGGGUCCUUUCCAUGGCUACUUAAGAAUGUGAAUCAAUUUGACAGCUUGGGAUGAGUUUUCAAACAAGGGCAUGAAGGACUUCCUGGCUGGAAUGCCUGGAUGGCCAUGGGACACCAGCAGGGAUACAUGGGCAGGGCGUAGACAACUUAAACAUGUGUGCGAAGUGGUGAUAGUAAGCACCAAAUGGAUAAUUCUGAGCACAGAAUGGGGACUUAAUCCACCUGCAAGUAUUUAUUUGGUCGCUGCAAAUGCAGGUUUUCAUGGGUAGGGUAGUUUCACAGACACGUCUGUAGACAUGUUGCAAGUUCCCUCCUUUAAGAAUAUAGUCCUUAUUCAUUUAUAAAAAGCUCUAUAGCUAGAGCAGUUAUGCUAAAGCCUGUAAUAUCUUGCACUUGGGGGCCAUUCCAGUAGGAUGCUUUGAUUAUUUUGUGGCUUACAAUAGCAGACACUCGACUACUUUGUUGGAGAUUUUAGUGCCACUAAAAAGUUGCUGAGAAUAGAAACCAUCUCAGGAUUUGCAUGUCUAGCACUUAGGUUAGCAGAAAAUUUUUCUUCUUUUUUAAUGUUCUGUUCUUGGCCAAACCAUUCAAGCUCUGUUUCCCCUAAAGUCUACACAGCUGUCUGGCCCUGCCUCUUUGGUACAAUCCUCUCCUUCAUGCAUGUUCCCCUAUAGGCAAGGGCAGCCUGGCUCUGUUAAAAUCUGAGUAACAGUGGGGAAGCCGGUCAGACUCUAGCUGUCUUAGACAUGAGCCCAGGGUGUAAAUUUCAGAUCCACCUUCCCCCAAGCUUUUGAGGAGGUUGAAUCCAGUCACCAUCCAGUUAUUAGUCACCACAGCCAGAGUGCUGUGUAUGGGCACAACCUUACUGCAUGCAAGCCUUCAUGAUACACUGGGGCCCUAGUUCUGCUAGCAAACUAAUGCGGAGUUGGAGAGAGCUCCAUCUGCCAUGCUGAAGGACCUUCUUCAGAUGCAUAAUAGUGCCUGGGAGCAGUCUCUGCCAGCUCUUGAUCCAGCCAAGCAAUAGGCAUAGCAAUAGACUAUUAAUUGUUAGCGAUGGGCUUGAACUAUAAAGUUUGGUUCUCAUUUCAGACCUAGAUCCAGACUUUCCCCUUCAAGAUGUUGAAAUUUCUUGUCUCAGUUGAGCUCUUAUAGCAAGGCCUCAGUUUGGACCUGGAUCUGAAUUCCUUCCAAAGUUUUGGACGGUUUGAGUCUAGUGUUCUAGCUUGGGCUCUGAUGGGAUGUUACACAGGGCAGAGAAUCCCCUGUGUUACGGAAGGGUGGGGAUGAUGGUCACAGGGAGAGUUCGGGUAAAUAGCAGUAAUGAGACAGGGCAAUACCUAAUGGGUAUGAUGAAUUCUGUUAACGCAAAGUGGCUUUUGGCUGAUAAGUUUGUAGGUAGAUGUGAGCAUUUAUAAUCCCCUAAAUUGCAUUGAGCCUCAUUCUUAGCACACUUCAACUUGAUGUUGGGCAUCUGUUCUCACAGCCUUGUGUUGAAACGUUAUCAGUCAUAUACUGAAAUAGGAAUACUCCACCAUGGGAAGCACUAGAAUUAUUCUUUAGCAGAUCUCAGUGGCUUAAUUGGUGUUAGCCUGCCUCGAGGUGUUCUCUGUGUCUAUGGGUAUAUCUAUGUACUACUAUGCUGGCUACAAAAUAGCUCUGUACAGUUGGCUUCAAUUGUUUUGACAAAAUGGCUUUUCUAAGGAAAAUCUUUUUUUUUCAAAAUUUCACUUCCUAUACAAUUUUUCAAUUUGAACUGUAGAUUUUUGUUUUGCUUCUUUUGUUCCCCCAUCUCUUUCUCUGCUUUUCCGGUGAGAGAGGGAAUCUUCCCUCCCACCCAGCCCAAAAAAUUGUAUUUGAAUUGAAAUAAAACAGAUUUUCUGCAGUCCUGUGAUACCUGGAAUAAAAACACAAUGAGUUCUAGUUUUGUUAGUUUGGGGCUAUGGUCUAAUCUUACUUGUACAGCACCAUGAGAGGUUGGUUUAGGUUAGCUGGGACGGGCCAGGAAGCAUGGAAGGUUAUACUCAGGCCUGGCAUACACCUGAGUUUCAGCUCUGGCUCCUGUCCACUGGCCGUGACUUGAUUUCAACAUCAAGUUUGGUGCCAGCAUUAAAAUCUUUAUUCUUUCUCUAGCUUUGAUGUCCUGGUGCAAGCAUUAUGAGCACUAAAUGUUCUUCCUAAAGUAUUACCUUACUAGUAACUGACUGGUUUAUAAAUGAAAACUUGUGUAAGGUAAAAACUCCAGGUUAGCUUUGGUUUUCUUGGGUCAUGAGAUACGCAAUGAGAUCCAAGUCCUUGUGUAUUUUAACAGAUGAUAUUGGCACAUCACGUUCUCUCCACAAAAGAUAUUAUAUUAUUGUACGGUAAGUGCCCAAACACAGUGGUAGUAUUACAAGCUGUAGUCCAUUACUACUGGACACUGUAAUAUUUCUGAGGCUGUAGAAUGGGGUUUGGAGUUAUUGAGCAGUUUCUAGGCCUGAUCCUGCUGUCUUCAUGCAGGUAAAGCUGCCAAUGUACAGUUGCCUACACAGGAAGAGUAGGAUUGGAUUCUUUACGGGUGCAUCUGCUGCAGCAAACUUACAACUUGUAAUUCUCCUCUGUUGCAGUUCUAUUGGUGGUAGCAAUGGUGGGGGUCUAGAAAGAAGAGUCGGGCAUUUUAGUUAUCUGGUGUUCAACCCCGUGCCUGAGCCCCGUCUAUACUCCAUCCUCCACCUGAGCCAGUGGAGAACAGGUUUUCAGAUAGCCAAUGUGGAUGCACCCUUAGGUGAGCCUUAUCUGACUUCUCAGCAUCUAGACUGCAAUUUUGUUGGUUUUUCCAGGAGGAAGAAGCAGUGAACUAACUUCAGUGGCAUCUGUGGGCCUUGUACAGCUAGGUUCAGCUGCUGCAUAUCCAGGACAUGUCAAAAGGAUGCCCAGCCCUCUGCAAUAACUCAUGACUCCAUUGAGCUGUAGUAAAUGAUGUACAAAUAAAACUUGACAAAAUGUAUUUUAUGUGAAAAAACAAUGUAAGAGAACUGUAUAUUGUAUUAGCAGCUUUGUGUAUAAAAAUGGCAUUUUGGCAAUCAGAGUAAUAUAUUUAAAACUUUUUAAAAAAGGAUAUUUGAUAUUGUAUGGAAUUAACUUCAUAUUGCUACUGUAAGUAUGAAAAGAUGGUUUUUUAACAUGUUGAAGUAAUGCAUUAAAUAUCAAACUGUAUGUAAAUCUCAUGCCAACAGGAUAUGUAUGACAGUAUUAGCAUUUGACUUCUCAGUGUCUUUAACAGAAUGAUUGAAUUUUUUAAUUAAAAAAAAUAUUAAAUUUCUUUUGAUAAUACGA